GUGAGCUGCUGGGCACCCCGAUGGGCGGCGGGGCCGUGGAUUACUCCUUUUUGGGCAGCCAGCCCUCCCCUUCGCUCAGCUACACCGGCAGCUUCUUCAUCAAAGCGGUACCGGAGCAUCCCCAGGACCAGGAAUCCCUCUUCAACCUGAUGUCAGGGAUCCUGGGCAUCUCCCCUUUCUCCUCCUCCGAGGGUCACCAAAGGCACCUGGAUGCUCUUUACCCCUGUCCCGAGGUGGCUCAGGGCCAGCUGGACCUUUAUGCUGCCUGCCAGCCUGAAAUGAACGGAUCCGUCCAAGCUCCCUUCCCAGAGCAGGGCUACGGCGUCUUCCCCACCGCGGAGGGUGCGCAGCCCCUGCAGGCACAGCCCACCUUAGGAAACACCUCGCAGUGCUUCUUCCAGCCCAAGCUCCUGGACAACAAGCAGGACAUCAAGCUGCCUUCUGGUUCCCCACCCCUGGACAAGUUCAAAGUCUCCUGUGCCCAGUGGGAACCCAUCACCCAGCAUCAGGCCUACUUGCCUGCUGGCUACCAUUCUCCGGAAGCCUUCCCAGCCGGGGAGAGCAGCCAGGGGCUGUUCCACCCGCUCGGCUCCAAGAUGGAGAACGUCUUGUCCGUCAGCUGCCAGUCGGAGCUCGGCAGCCUGGCAGAGGAUGCUGCCUGCUUCGGCACCCAUCUGGGCUUCGGCUGCGAGCCAGAAAACUUCCCGACCCACGGGGACUUUGCCAACACCAAAAUCCACAACCUCCCCCCUCCCUUAAUGCCGGAGUUUGACACCUCCUUGGCCCAGUCUGAGGUCCUACCAGGUCUGAUGAGCUCUGCCGAGCUCCUCCAUCCUCAUCCCUCACCCUCUGUCCCCCCCACGGACUUUUUGGGCCACCCCACUGCUUCCUCCAUCCCUUCCCUGCUGCCCACCAACCCUCCUGCCUUGGCCGAACCCAAGAAGAAGACCCGCCGGACCAAGUGCUCUUCCAAAUGCUUCUGCCCAAAACCCCAUGAGAAGGCUUUCACCUGCCCGGUGGAGAACUGCAUCCGGAGCUUCGCCCGCUCGGAUGAGCUCAACAGGCACCUCCGCAUCCACACGGGCCACAAACCCUUCCAGUGCCGCAUCUGCCUGAGGAACUUCAGCCGCAGCGACCACCUCACCACCCACAUCCGCACCCACACCGGCGAGAAGCCCUUCUCCUGCGACACCUGCGGCCGCCGCUUCGCCCGGAGCGAUGAGAAAAAGCGUCACAGCAAGGUCCACCUGAAGCAGAAAGCCCGGACGGAGGAGAAGCUCAAAGGUUUGGGUUUCUUCUCAGUGGGUCUCUCUUUCGGGACACUGUGA